GCCUUUUACCGUUCCGCGUUCUUCCAACUCUGUACUCGCUCAAAUCGUCUCGACUUCCCUCCCAUCGUAAUUAGGGGCCAUUCAUAAAUUACGUAAGGCACUUUUCCCCAUUUUUAGACCCCCCCCCCCCCGCUCUGCCCCUUGUAAGGCAUUGUCUCGGGCUGAAACAUCGCGAGUCGUAAACCGUAUUCGUGGAAAUUGCAAAUUUGACCACUCUGCGCGUAGUGAUUUCAUGAAAAACGGACACGUGACUACCACCUGUUGUUUUUUCUUUCCAUACGGAUUUCAUACUUUUGCAUAUCAAGAAACCUCGAAAAACCGGCGAAACCCCGAGUAUCCCAUCCCGCCAACUUAAGGUCCAAGAAGUCAUGACAAAGCAAGGGAACUUUGUGAAACAGACCGGACUUCCCUCGUCGGUUUGAAUGCUCAAUUCGAUCGCUUGAUCGCUACGACCUGGAGGUCGGCGAUGAACGAAGUGUGAGAAUCAUCGCCACGACCUGGAGGUCGUUGAUGAACGAACUGUGAGAAUCAUCGCCACGACCUGGAGGUCGUUGAUGAACGAACUGUGAGAACUCGAAGGAAAUGCUACUGGGGGUGAUUUUGUGGGCGCUGGGUCCCUCGGCGGUGGGCUGCGCGUGUGCGGGCGGUGUCGUGAACCUGACGGAGCCGCGGGGCGUGAUCGCGAGCCCCAACUUCCCGGGGCCGUUCCCGACGCCGAUCCACUGCCGGUGGCGGAUCGACACGAGUCGAUGGGGAAGCUCCAACGUGACGGUCUACCUGACGCAGCUCUUCCUCCGCUCGGGGCUCACGUUCACGGACUACGACGACGACGACAAGGACGAAGACGAGAGGAGGCCGAGCGACUCCUGCUCGACGCGGGAGGUGACCAUGUACGACCUCCUCCACUCGCACAACUACACGAGCUCCAGCAGGUACCUGGAGAUCGAGCUGAAGCUGGAGCGCCUCGAGGGGAACCACCUCCGCGUCGAGGACGCUCUCCUGGACGUCUACGGCUUCAACAUCACCUACGAGCUCGGCGCCACCCCCAAAGACACCUGCAACGUCGUCAACUGCUCCUUCCUCGGACAAUGCCUUGCCAGCGCCGACUUCGAGACAUACAAGUGUUCCUGUUUCGAUGAAUACUAUGGCCAUGAUUGCAGUUUUGGACCCCUUUGUAAUGAUACAGAAAACCCUUGUAAAAACGGAGCCACUUGCAGAUCGGUUGGAGCAUCAAGAGUCCUGUGUGACAAAUCAACCUCGAGUGAAAUACAAGCAGAAUAUGAAGACCUCGAUGAUGACGCACCAUGCUCAGGGAAGUGCACAGCAAAUCCACAGCAAAUGUCAGCUUGCGAAUAUUGUGAAAAUAAUCCCAAUUGUUUGAUGCAGUGCAAUUAUGGCCAUCGGCAAUCAGUUUGCGAUUAUCCAUCCCAUUAUUCUUUAAUUAUAACCGCUAAAGCUAGAAGCUACAAUGCAGAUACCAGCAAAUGUCUAGGCAUUAUUUCUCCCAUAAGCCUAGAGACAUUGAUUUUAACAUCUCUAAGAACCCGUAAUGUAACAGCAGAUGCCAUAGAAAUUGAAUGCUCCAACCUAUUUGCUGUUGUGGUGCACCUUAUGAUCCCAAAAGAAUCGAGAGAAGAAAUUGACAGCAUAAAAAAUACUCCGACUUUACUUUUUGCCGCUGAUAACACUGUAAUCAAUUCUACAAGCGUAAGCCUAAAUGAAGAACCGUUACUAUCCUUACUGAAUAUUUCAAUUACAGCAGGUCAGCAAAUUCGGUCACCAGGUGAUGAUUUCAAUAUAACUUGCGUUGCUCAAGGCUCUAGAUUCUUAACCUUCUCUUGGUUUAAGAAUAACAAUCGCAUCGAAGAUGAAUUCAAUUAUCGAAUCAGCACACCAACUUAUCUAUCAGCUGGAUAUUAUGCUUCUGUUUUACGCAUUUUCAAUGCAACAUUUGAAACACGUGGCUUGUACACUUGCCAAGCCUCUGAUUUCAACUCUUAUCUUCAACAAUGCAAGUGUUUGGAAGUAUUUGUAUUGGCGGAAUGGACUGGGCACGUCGAAUUGAAGAAAGAAGUUGUUGAAAAACAUAGCAACCUCACCUUAUCUUGCAGUUCUGAUCCAUAUCUGUUCUAUUUUUGGAAGAAAAAUAAUGCUGUCUUUAACAUGAGUCACUCUGAAUUUUGGGAAGAUGUUUCUCCUAUUGGCUCUGUCCUGAAAGCGAUCAGGAUUGAGGAAUCAGUUAAUUUUACUUGCCUGAUGGCAGGACCAACGGGUAUUGAUGCUAUUGAAUAUCAAGAAAUCGUGGACAACACCAGGUGUGCAGAUGAAGAUUGCGAAAAAAUUUGCUUCAGAGACAAAAUUUUAAGCUGUGAAGCCAAAGAUAAUUGCGCUCUGCUGACGGACUGUGAAGAACCCGCAAGAAUAAAUCUUGGCUGCGUAACGGAAAAUUUUACUAAUAAAAUGCAGUGGUUCAAUGCUGUCAUUAAUAUGACUAAUCUCCUUGUUGCACGAGACAAUGAAACAUCCCUGGACCAGUUUCUCGCCAGUUUCAACCUAACAGUUCAUAAGUAUCUCAGUGUGAAUGGCAGUUUUAUCGAAGGGUUAGAUACCACACCUUGUAAUCGAACCCAUUUCAAAGUACAGUUUUUAAUAAAAGAAGAAGAUUGGAAUUUUUCUCGGGAGGUAGUGACAGAGUGCAUGAAAGUAGUGAAAAAUUCCAGAGAACUUCGGGGAUCUGCUUGGAUAACAUUUUUCAAGAUGGAUGAAUUAGUCUUAAAAGACCUUAGAAGUGAUCGGAGUAGAGUUUUUGAAAAUGAUGAUUUCCAGUUAUCUUGCCUUGCCUUUGGGAAUGGUGCAAAUGUUUCUUUUGAAUGGUACAAGGAUGGUGUACGAAUUGAUCCCUACUUUUCCAACUCUACAAGGCGGAUGUGGUAUCGUGUGAGUAGUCACAGCAACUGGAAAAGUAGCAACAAUGUGAGUAUUUUACACACAGAGCACAUCGCGAUUUUGGGAGUGCUGUCCGCAAGUAAGCUAAACCAAGGAUGGUAUACUUGUCGAGUUUCCAAUGGAAGAAACCAGUUUUGCAAGUCUGUCAAAAUUUCAAUCGUUUCUCCCCCACAAGUCACCAUCGAACCACUUAGUGUGACGACCAGAAAGGAAGGAAACAUUGAUAUUCGCUGUGUAUCGAAGUCCGCUUGCGAAGUCGGGCAAUCAAGAUAUGAAUGGACUGAGAAUGGUGUAUCCCUUAAUACAGUGGGCAGCAAUAACAGCAAAAGAUUCUCAAUUCAAAAUAUGAUCGGUGGAGGCUCUCAUCUGAAACUUCUCAAUAUUCAACAAUCAGCAGAAUACUCCUGUCAGUUGAUUUGCACCAACUUACGAUCAGCAAUUGAAACUUCCCAAGUUUGCGUCAUCCCCAACGAGGAGGAUUUUGUGUGUCAUGACAAUGGCUGGCCCUCCACAGCAGUUGGCUGCUCCGUUCGUAAGAAAUGCCCUGUCGGUUAUGUUGGGAAAUAUAUCAUCAGGGAAUGCUCAGAGACAUCAUUUAAACCCUUCAAUGGAUCUUUAUGCGUUAGGUCAGAGAUUGCUCGCGCCAAUCAAACGUUGAAUCAGCUAGUGAUGGGCUAUCAGAAUGGAAAUAUAGAGGAUUUGCUAAUAUCGUACGAUAAUUUUUUGAGCAAAAAUUUAACAUUUUUAUCUGGAGAGAACGUUGAUUUGUUUUUCGGCUUCAUGGAUGAUUCUUGCAAUCUAGUAGAAUCAAUUUUCUCCUCACACUCGCACUCUUUGGAAGUUGAUCUAACAACAGUGAUGAAAAUGUCAUUUGGCAUUUUCAGCCAUCUGCUACGACAUUUUAGUUCAAUUGAUUCUACUCAGGUUUUACUAUCUGUCAGUAAUACGAUGCACCCAUGGAUAUUCAUGUAUGAGAAAUACUUAGUCAGAAAAGAUGGACACUUCAACUUCAGUUCUCCAAACUUCUACGCUGUUUCAAGAGCAAUCGAUCAUGUCGGAAGAAAACCAGACUUUCUAACGGAAAUUAGGUCCAGUGAUGGCAGUUUGGGUUCACCUUUAGUUGGUGUAAAUCUUCAGAAGUUCCAGUUCAAUGACUCUUCAUUCCAGGAACCUAGUGUUUCUGUGAUUUUAUUCAGAAAUUCCUCCUUGUCUCUAUCAACCAGAAUUUUGCAAGACUUUCAAAAAGAAGGCGUUAUUUUACCUGAAGCUGAGAGCAUUAUCGUGAGUGUAGCCAGCAAUGAAGCAUUCCUAACUGUCUCUGAUAAGGUCAAUCUCACAAUGGACUGGAAGCUACUUAUGGCCGAUAGGUGGGAUGUAAAAUGCGCCUUAAUUCAAAGAGGUGAAUUUCCUCUAAACUUCUCUGUCUGUGUUACCAACCACGUGGCCAGGAAUCUUCAUAGAUGUUCGUGUUCUAAGUUGGGCACCUUCAGUUUGGUGCGCACCUUUAAACCUCAGGAACCAAGCUGUACCUUGACUCGUGCUAUCCAACUUGGUUCAAUAUUGGCAACAUUAUUGGCUGGAUUUAUAAUAGCUAUUAAUUUGACGAAAAAGCUCUCUUUGCAGUUAUUCUUAAAGUUGUUUUGUAGUCUGGUUUUACUGUGGUAUUUGUUACAAGUAUUUUUCUUCUCGAAUACUUCAAUGUUGGGAUUAUCUUGCCUGCAAAUUUUAAUUAUCUCCUUAAUAGCCAGUCAAUCUCUAGUCAUUUAUCUCAAGACAUAUGAACUUCUGAAUAUCUACAAAUACACAAUAGUACUUGCGGCUGUUGGUUUUCCGGUUUUACUUAUGUUGUCUGUUGGUUAUGCUAUCAGACUAGCAAAUAAUUCAAAUUCAGUUGCAAAAAUAACCGUACUGUGGUUGUUGCUUAUUUUUAAUUUUCUUCAAUUUGCUCUAUUUUUUUGUCUUUGCCACAAAUUGAAGUCACAAUAUUCAGGGAAAAAAAGCACUGUGCGUAAAGAACUCUAUAGCUGCACUGUGCUAAUGUUAUUAAUGGGAGCUGUUGAGCUGUUUCAAAUUUGGUCUUCUUCUUCCUCAACAAGUUCCGUUGUUGAUUCCUUAUGUAUCUGUUGUUGUCUCUUGUUGAGUCUUGCAUUUUUGUGGUUCCAUCGCAGUACUGUGACCAUGAACGAUUGUAAGAAAUGCCUGUGCAGUUUUCCUGGCAGCUCUUGCUUCAAGUGUAAAUUUGGUACUCCUGAGACAGGAAAUGAAAAGCAAGUAACCAGUUGUAAUGAAGUGGAGGAGCAAGUACCUCUAACUGCAUUGGCUCAAAAGAGGGAGUUGAGAUAUGAACCUGAAACCAUCCAAAAUCUAAGAAAUCAUUGAGGUGCAACAGUGUGUCGAAUUCUAUUUAUGAAAAUUUUGUGAUCUCAAAAUACUCACUUUUUUUGUUUGAUUGUAUCAAUAGGCAAUGUUUUGAUACUUUAGGUAAUAUUAUCUCUCUUUUAUCAUGUUCCUUUUUUGGGCAUCUUGUGAUACUCGCUAAUUCCCCUUUUAUUAUUAUCCAAGUGCCAUUUUUAAAAAUGUUAUUUGUAGUUGUGUCAAGUGCUCAAUCAUUUUUCAUUUCGCCCUCUAGAAUUUUUUGUCAAAGUAUUCUUUUGAAAUACUGUGUCACCACAUUAAAAUUUUUUCCUCAAUUAUACUGAAAUUUUUUU